AGUUCCAGACUGGAGAACCUAAUGUCCAUCUUGCUGGAUUCGGCGAAGCAGUUUCCUGAUGACGGCGUCGGCAUCCGUAGCAAUUAUCGCAAGAGGACCGUCAUGCUGUCCCUCCUCUGGCAGGCUGCUCCAGUCCUGGUGUUACCGGCGUGGAUAGCACAGCCGUUGCUGGAACGGCGUUAUGUGACGACUGGGAACAUGACCGAGCUCUACCGGCGCCCCGUACUGUACAUGUUGACGCCUGGGGACGGACAGGCGUCACCGAGUUACGAAAUAGUGUACGUCCUCCAAGUAGUCUCUGUCCUGAUCGCUGUCCAAACCAGCGUCAUGAUGGACAUAUACUUCUCUCACGUUUUGCUGCUGCUAGCCGCCGAACUGGAUGUCCUGAAUGCAAAUAUCGCUCGUAUGCAAUUGACGGCGGCAGCACGGAUGGAAAGCCAGUCGAUGGCGAACAUGACCAUCCUGGAAUAUUCUGGUACAGGCAGGUGGCCUUCUAAAGGAAUUCAUUUGUACAACAAGAAUAAAAUAAUAGAAGAAGACGAGCUGCAUAGCAGUGCACCUCUCUACGAAAAUACAAGCGAUGCAUGUCAAGAACUCUACGAGAGCUUAGUGAAGAAUGUUCGCCAUCAUCAGAGGAUCAUGAUAUGCACCGACGAGCUGGAGGGAGCGAUGAGUAAAUCUAUCACGAUUGUGCUGGUGGUUAGCACUUUUGUCAUUUGUCUGAAUGCUUUCGGAUUUGUGGAGAUGUUCCAGGGAGCUGCAUCACGAGGAUCGGUUGUGAAGAGGAUAGUUGGUUUCCUAGUCUACUUGGCGCACAAUGGCCUCUUCUGCUUCCUCGGACAGGCAGUCACUGACCAGAGCGAGCGCCUGCCGCACUCGGCGUUCGGCUGUGGUUGGCCAGACGCUAACCCUCCGUUCAAGAGGUCGCUCAUGAUCAUGAUGCAGCAGACGUCGCGCCCGCUCAUCAUACGUGUGGGCAAGUUGUUCACCCUCUCCAGCAACACGUUCAUACAGAUAAUAAAUACAUCGUACACUAUAUUCAACAUGAUGCUGAGCUUACAGUAAAGGAUAUUCAAGCUGAAGAUUUCGGGAUCACGACACCUUUUAACUGCAACAAACCUUAGCUAUUCUUACAGGCUCCGACAGAAUAGUCCCAGGCAGGUGAAUAUAAAUGAACUCAGCUUGCUCAUUGUCACUAAUACUACAUAACUGAUCACCUGAAAUGUCCUUCAGAAAAUACAUACUUAAA